UUUGUAACCGGAAGUGGCCGGUCUCGCUCCGGCUGCCUUGACGCAGCUCCGCUCUCUCAAACUUCUUGCGGUGAUUCUCCGUCCUUCCACUUCAUCCGCAUCACCCCGCUGGCAGACGGAUUUUCUGCUCAGCGAUCCUUUGGCAUUUGACGUCCCAGUUUCCCCAGAUGGAUCUGUUAGUAUGUGUGCUUUUAUUCGUCCUCCAUGUCGCGGCGGUGACCUGCACACCGGGGCCGUUAGUGGACAUUGUCGUCGAUCGGUACGACAUUCCGAAAGUUUGUCCCCGAGAGGUGCAAACUGAAGACUUCGUCCGCUAUCACUUCAACGGCACCUUCCACGAAGACGGGAAAAAGUUCGACUCCAGUCAUGACCGAGGCAAAGCCUUCAUCAGCCAGGUCGGCCUGGGCCGACUCAUCACCGGGAUGGACCGCGGCCUUCAGGGCAUGUGUGUCAAUGAGCGCAGGAGGAUCACAGUCCCUCCUCACCUGGCCUAUGGAAGUGUUGGAACAGGUGGUGUAAUUCCUCCUGACGCUGUGUUGGUGUUUGAUGUCCUCCUGCUGGACAUAUGGAACGCUGAGGACAAGGUCCAGAUCCGCACACUCAGCAAACCUGCUAGCUGCAACCGCACCUCUGUGGUAUCAGAUUACAUCCGUUACCACUAUAACGGCACCCUGCUGUCCGGUGAGGCCUUCGACUCCAGUUACUCGAGGAAUGCAAGCUAUGACACCUACCUGGGGCAGGGCUACCUCAUCAAAGGCAUGGACGAGGGCCUUUUGGGCAUGUGUGUCGGGGAGAAGAGGAUCAUCAUCAUCCCACCCUUCCUGGCAUACGGAGAGAACGGCUCUGGAACUCGGAUCCCUCCUCAGGCGACUCUGGUGUUCGAGGUGCUGUUGGUGGAUUUGUUCAACCCGAAGGAUGAUCUGAUGGUGCAGGUGAAGGAGGUUCCUGAAGGCUGCAUCCGCAGGACGAAGACCGGAGAUUACAUCCGUUACCACUACAACGGAACCUUCCAGGAUGGUUCGCCCUUUGACUCGAGCUACCAGAGAAACAGCACCUACAACACUUACAUCGGCAUGGGGUAUGUGAUCAGAGGGAUUGACAAAGCCCUGCAGGGGCUGUGCAUAGGAGAGAAGAGAAGGGUUAUCGUCCCUCCUCACAUGGCCUAUGGCGAGGAAGGAGUAGGAGACCUCAUUCCUGGCUCUGCCGUGUUGGUCUUUGACAUUCACGUCAUUGAUUUCCACAACCCCAACGACCCCGUCCAUAUCAAAGUCACCCACAAGCCUGAGGGAUGCAGCGUGAAGAGUGAAACCGACGAUUUGAUUCAGUAUCGUUACAAUUGCUCCUUGAUGGACGGGACCCUGCUGUACUCCUCGGACAAGCUCGAUUCGCCUUCCUUCACGACUCUCGGCACAAACAACGUGAUCUCAGGUCUGGAGAAAGGUUUGAGUGGCAUGUGUGAGGGAGAGAGGAGGGAGGUGAUCGUUCCGCCGCACUGGGGACACGGUGAAAACGGAGCUGGCGGAGUCCCUGGGAGUGCAGUGCUCUUCUUUGAGCUGGAGCUAGUGGAGCUGCAGAAGGGCGUGCCUGAAGGCUACAUGUUUGUUUGGCUGGGAGACAGCCCCAACCCCCUCUUUCCUGCUAUGGACCUCAACGGUGACAAUGAAGUUCCUCUAGAAGAGUUUUCAGAAUUCCUCAUGCUCCAAGUCAAAGAGGGCAAAGGUCGUCUUCGCCCAGGGACCGAUGCAGAUACCAUCAUUAAGGACAUGUUCAAUAACCAGGACCGCAAUGAAGAUGGGAAGAUCGUAGAAGACGAACUGAAACUUAAGACGGAUGAGGAGUCUGAACGAAUGAAACGAGAUGAGCUGUGAGGAGAACUGGUGCAGUAUUUCAGUGGUGGUGAGGAGCUGGUAUUUGUGGCUGGGGUUAGGCUGUCGUCUUAGCAAAUGUGCAGCUACUGGGAAAAUGUUUCCAUGAUACAGUUUGCUAUGUUACACUUAAAUACGUAAAUGCUAUCUCAGUAGAACCACUGUAAUGGAGCUGAAUAACAAUGAGACAGUGUGUGUUUCACGUGUGUGAAAAUGUGACAGGAAAAGAAAUGUAGUGAAGCAAAUUUGACUCAAACAUGUACAUUGAGUUGCCAUAGAAAUGUUUUUUGGCUGGGCCAUUCUUCAAGAAUGACAUUUUAUGUAAAUGACCUGUAAAUUUAGUGCCUCAUGAAAAUGAUGAUAAACCACUGGUUGUACAGUAGAUUUGGGACUGAAAAUCUAUUAUUGAAAAAAAAAAUACAUAUAUGUGUAUAUAUAAAUUGUGUUGUGGAGCAUAAAAUAAACUGUUUUAUAAUACAAUAAAAUGAAAAA